AUGGCGCCUCCAACGGCUGUUGUCACAGGAGCUGCCAGCGGCAUUGGACUGGCGUUAACGAAGUAUCUCAUAGAAAGAGGAUGGCGAGUUGUAAUGGCCGACGUCAACGAGCCAAAAGAGAAACUGGACGGAACCACGUUCGUGAAAACUGACGUGUCAUCCUGGGAGCAACAAGUGACCAUGUUCAAGCGAGGCUACGAGUGGGCAGGCCGGCUUGACUUCUUCGCCGCGAACGCAGGCAUUGACGAUCGAGACGACAUCUUCGCAUCAAUCUCGAGCGAUUCGACGAAGCCGCCCAAGCAGCCGAACAUGAAGACUUUCGAGGUCAACUUAAUCGGGAGCUACUACGGCAUCAAGCUCGCGGCGCACUACAUGACGCUCGACAGCAGGGCCGCCGGUAAGCCAAAACCUGGAGGCAAGAUCGUUGUUACGGCAUCUGCAGCUGGCCUCUAUCCCUCGCCCUUCGCGCCACAGUACGCUUCGACGAAGCACGCUCUGGUCGGUCUGGUGCGCUCGUUAGGUUCUUUGUCUGCUCCCGUCAAUAUCCGCAUCAACGCUCUAUGUCCAGCAUUGGUAGCGACGGGAUUGGCCCCUCCCGGGCUACUGGAUUCUUUCAAGAAAGAGCAAAUAACGCCCAUGAGCACGAUGAUGCAA